AUGGCUUCCUCCGUGUCCGAGUACAUGGCCGACCCACCGGUUAGCCAAGAGCGAUUCGAUGCCGGUACUAAUACGACCGGUGCGUUGGUCUUGGGCGGCAUUCUGGCAUCCCUUUCCAUCACUUUCGUUGGCCUUCGCAUUUACACACGGCUGUCACUUGUCAAAAGGUCUCUCGGCCCUGAUGACUAUUUCAUUGCCCUGUCGCUUGCGUUGGCCGCAACAUUCUAUGCAGUGACCAUUAAAAUAUGCCAACUUGGCGUUGGCGUUCACAUCUGGCAAGUCAAACGCACAGACUACUCGCCUUCGUUCCUAGUUUAUAGCCUAGCACUGAUCGUGAUCUACUCUCUCAGCGUCACAACAGCCAAGAUGUCUCUUCUCGUCCUCUACUUACGUCUAUCUCCCGAUCGUAUGUUCAGAGUGGUGGUGAUAAGCCUCAUCACAAUCGCCACAGCUUACGCCCUUACCUAUCUGUUUUUGAUCAUAUUCAGCUGCAGGCCAAUCCAAGCCUCUUGGGACCUCUCCGCUAGACCUGGCGCAGUAUGUAUCAACAAGAACAUUGUGUACUUGGUGCUCAGCGCGACCAACAUCGUCAUGGAUAUCGUCUGUCUGAUUCUUCCGCUCAAAAUCAUCGUUCCUCUGCAGAUGGCCAAGCGGCAAAAGUGGUCUCUCAUUGCCCUUUUCGCGACGGGUGGCUUCGUGUGUCUCUGUGCCAUUAGACGCACAGUUCUCCUCCCGCCCUUGUUUCGAAGUAAAGACUACACAUUCGACGUAGAGAAGCAGCUCAACUGGGCCUGCGCCGAGGUGCACGCUGGAAUCAUCUGUGCAUCCAUCCCGGCGUUGAAACCGUUAUUCGUGCGCUACCUACCAAUGUUUUUCCACUCCAACUCUACCGGCUCCGCUAGAAGGUCAAAUCAUAUUUACCGGAACUACCAGACUUCGUUGCCUUAUUCGACGACGGUCGAGAACAACAAGAAGCGCCGCAACGUUCAAUCAGAAGCAUAUGAACUGCGCUCGCAUGACGACCUUUCCCUUUCUUCUAACGAGAUAACAAAAAACACUUCUAAUGAGGAUGUCGCAAAGCUUUGGUCCGGCAACACUUUCCGACAAGACCAGACGGGUCAUCGCAUGACUGUCAUCGAAUCGAAAUCAAAAGGCGCUAGCAGCUACAAUUUUGAAAGUUUUGUAGAAGCACAGCCGGCGACUGAAAGCGGUAUGUCGUCUCGCUUGAAGCUCCCUGAGAGGGUAGCAAGCAUCCGUGGAUCUGGAGGCAUCACCGUUACAACGGAAACCAAGGUUGUGUAUGAGCGGUCAUGA